ACAAGCCGAACACAUCUCACUUCUCUGGCGUGACGAUCAGAUCAGCUUUCAUCAGCAGUGAGAAUUUUGGAUCAAAUCCACUUGUCAAGAUGAGUUCAUUGCUCCUCAUGGUCCUGUAUGCUGCACUGUGCAGUGCCAACACGGACAGCCACCAAGAAAACAUAGAGACUCUAAUGGAUAAUGUUCUGGUCCUGAGGGUGCCUUAUGGUCAGGGCAGCAUGGUGUAUGUUCCUCUGACCUGUGGAGAAGCUUAUCAAAAUCAGCCUGUGACUUGGAAGAAAAAUGGAAUGGAGCUUAACCCACCUCUGCAGGGGAACCAGAUCAAGGUUCUGGUGGAAGAGAUGAACGGAGGAAACUACACUUGUCACCUCAGCCCCAACGGAGAGUACCUCAACCAUACUGUGAUCCUGGUCCAACUGGACCCAGAUAACAGGACAGUCAUACUGGAGGAAAAAUCCCCCGAAGAAGGUUACAUCCACUGUUCCGCAUCAAACUAUAAAGGUGCCUUCGACUGCACCUGGACAAGAACACAAUCCAGAUCCAACGCUGCUGUGCUCCUGGUGAAGGCAGAACGUCAUCUGGAAAAGAUACCAUGUGAGCUGAACGCUGAUGGAUCAGGGGUUCACUGUGAUUACGCCACCUGCCCAUACAGAGAGGAACAACAACGCAUCUCCCUCACCGUUUACAUACACAGCUACUCUCGCCUCGAGUCCUACACAAAGGUUUUCUACCUGAGAGAGAUUGUGAGGCCAGAAAAACUCUCUCACCUGCGCAUCAGUGAGGGGAAAGUGUUCAGCUGGAGCUACCCUGACACGUGGGAGACCCCCGGUACCUUCUUUGGCCUGCAGUUCCAGGUCAAGUUGGUCAACCACGGACAUUCCUGUAACAGCGAUGUGCACAUAAUGCAUAGCAUCACUGACGACACCAAGUAUGAGGUUACAGUCAAAGCCAAGAAGUAUGUUUUCUGUGUGCGAGCUCAGGACAAGUACACCAGCGGGCCAUGGAGCCACUGGAGCCAAUGCACAGUGAACAAACAGGACGUGCACUGCUAGCUGUUCCCCUGGACUGCAGCCAUAAGAAAAUAAGGAUAGACAAAAACCUUUUUCUAAAUCUCUUUUUUUUUUUUUUA